GCAGACAGCGCUCGCGCACGCGUAGCGGCCAAAUAUUUGAAAUUAUUUAAAUUAAUGAUUAUUUUAUGACAUUUUACAUUGUUUUUGAUGAUUAGUGAUUAUUCGUUUAGUGUGGUUGAAUUUAUUGUGGCCCCGUUUUGUUGCUGAGAGAAAGAAAGAACCAUGCACCGUAUAUCUGAGCACACUCUUUUGGAGCCGCCAUCACCCGCUUAUACAAACGUGACAGUGCGGCGCGCCUUCAUUGUAUGGUUACACUGCGGACAGGCCAACAAGUUCAAGGACGUUUGCAACUACUUCCACUUCUUAGAGGGCUUGGAGGACCAGCUCUCAGUCGACAACCGAGCCGUCAGCCGUCACCACGAGUUCGACCUCUUCACCAACCCCCCACCCUCCUCCACCUACCUCCAGUCCCACCACCCCCAGCUGUACACCAACACUCAGCUCGAAAACUACUACGUCAGCAAACUGGAAGCCAUCAGGAACGAGAAAUGCGUCUUCAAACUUGAAGGCUUUGAAGAAAUCGGACCGAAAAAUGGAGCCACAAAACAGCAGAUCGUCGAAACCAGUCAGCUCAUAAGAAAAUACUGCUUAAGCCAUUCUAUAACUUUAAAGAAGUUCUUAGUAGAAUUUAAAGAGUAUGUAGCUAAGUGUCAGUUGACGAAUAACGUUCAAAAUGUUGCCUUUUAUAUAAAGAGACAAAUGGUGAAAGAAGAAAUGACGAUGAUAGCGAAUUGCCCUAAAACUUUUAGCUUUCUUGAAGAAGAUAUUGAAGAUACUCCUGUAGAUUUCUUGAGUCAAAUGAGAUUGUUGGAUAGUACAAGAUUAUCUCCGACUAUGAAGUUGAAUGGUGCUGAUGUGUGGAAUAAUGAGAAUUUGAAGAACAAGGUAUCGAAUGCGAAAAAUGCAUUUGUGAAGAAACCAAGUCAGAAGAAGAAAGUGAAUGUGGUUCCGCCGCCAAAGCUGGAAACUCCGAAGUACGACGUAGAAUAUAUGAAAGUUAUUAAACAGAAGUUAAAAAACGAAUUAAUGGUGUUGUGAGGAAGUGAAAAAAAAAACGCUUUAAAAUAAGUGUAUAUGGCGGAUAAUAAUUAGGUAUAUAAACAUAUUGACUGUAGGUAUGUACAUUUUGAUUGCAAAAUAUAAUUGAGAUUCAGACUACUAUAUUUUUAAAAGCGUUGACUUUAGCUUACAUGCGUUAGAAGUUCUAUUAGUUUAGCAAGUCGUAUUCCAGCUAUUAUUGAUUAAAUGAUUACAUUUAUAAUAAAAACCGCUUAAAGGAAUAAAAAAAUCUUUAACGUGUUAAAAAUUAAUAGACUUUAUUUUGUUUGGAUCUGAACUGGCUAAACUACUUUUCAAUUUCAUGGAAAAUAAGGCAUCUAAAUUAUUUGAUUGCUGUCAAAAUCACAGUUUUAAUAUCAUAAUCAUAAAUACGAAGAGUUAUUUUUUAUAGUAAAUAGGGUAAUUAUUUAAAUAAACUACAUUGCUUGUAGUAUUUAAUAUUUUACAUAAUAUAUAUAGGUAGGUAAAUAAUUUUUAAUACUCUUACAAAUAAAAAAAGUAAUGUUUUUCUGUUAAAAUAUUACAGUAAUUUUAAGUAUUCAGAUAUUAAUUAUAAUUAGAUAAUACUUUUGACAGUAGAUAGCCUACUAAACAAAUAUUUAUUACCAAAUUCUAGUAAUUGAACUAGGUACACUGUUUUAAUUAUUAUAUUAACAAAAAUAACAUUAUAUUUUGGCUGGUUCGCAAUAAUAUAUUUUUUCUUAUAAAUCACAGAUUUAUCGACAGUCAAGAAAUAUGAAUUUAUUUUUGAUCUAUAAUAAUUUGUUUUGCCAAAACAAAAGUGUAUCAUCCUUGGCUACUCGCUACCACAUGUUUAUUUUUAAUAAAUGCUAAAUAAAUAUAAUGGGUAAA